GGCUGGGUCUUACUACGUUACCCAGGCUGGUCUCAAACUCCUGGGCUCAAGCAGUCCCCCGUCUUGACCCCCAAAGUGCUGGGAUUACAGGCGUGAGCCACUGUGCCCAGCCUCAUUGUUUCUUUUCAUUUUGGUUAUUGAGCUCUCUCUGGAUAACAUCUGCAGAAUGUUCCAUGUGUCCCGAGUAUGUGCCAGGCCAAUUACUCAGCAAUUCUGCUUCAAGAAUCAGUCUGUAUUCCAUUACAACAGUGCUACAUUUUCAAAAUGGGAGGAAUAUAAAAUGUAAAAGUAUUUGCUAUGCAGAGGAGGGAGACGCUACUGCUGGGACUAGAAUCGAAGUUUUCUCACACCCAGUUCAAUGCCUUUUCUACAACAUACCUCAUUUGAGCCUUAGGGCACCAAGUGGAUGGUCAUUAGUCUUGUAUGGACUUUACAUCCAAUGCUGAUUAUAAGGUCUAGAUGAUGCUAGGUGGCAGAGAUUCAAAGUUGGACAGGUCGGUUACUGUACUUGAUAAAUAAACAGCCCAGUGGCAAGACAGAUAAAUAAACUGACCAUUUAUACCCUGAAAAGGUGGUCAGUUGCUCAGGGAACUGGGGGAGGGGCGCCAAAUGGAGAAGUGGGGACAUGGUAGGGAGGGCUUUUCAGCAUAGUGAGUGAAUGAAUGCUCGUUUGAAGAAACAACUUGUGUUUAAGGUUUGUUUCUUCCAGAACUGGAAUCCGGAAGAAUCUCUGGGCUUUCCUGCUUUGAGGGAGAGAUCAGGCUAGGUGCAUUGCCAAUUUGCUGCUGAAGAUCUGAUUAGGUUCUACUUUGAUCUGAUCAAAUGAGAUGUAAUCAAUGCUGGUACUUUAAGUGAGUUUGCAACUAUUUAGUUGCUCUUUUUAGUAGUAAUAUGAGUAAUGGUAAAACUUAGUGCUUUUAGGAUGAGAGUAGACGGCCUGAAGAAUAGCAUCUUGGGCUCUUCUGAUUCAAGCCCUACGGCUCAUUGGCAGGUCAUCAGAGGAAACAUCUAUCUAUCUAUACAUUCAUUCGAGAAGUAUUUAUUUAGUGCCUAUGUGCCAGACACUGUUUGUGGGGAAAACAAGACACAUGGGCUAUUAUUGCCUCAUGGAAGGAACUAAGCUGUUUGGAUUUUGAAAAAUCCCUUUCUCUGGGCCUCAGUUCCUCGACCUGUUAAGAAAUGUGCGCUCACAGUGGUCCUAGACAUCUUAGAUUCAGGUUCCAUUUUCAGUUCUUUCCUGUCCUGCGGCCAUCUGCAAGUUAAUUUGGUCUCCCUGAACCUCAGUUUCCUCAUCUGUAAAAUUAAGAUCAUACAACUCGUUUCAUCAGGUUGUACUGAGGCUGGAAAAGAUAGUCUAACUACUGACGCAUCGUGUGCUCAGCCUAGGGUGGCUGCUACCGCGUGUACCUGCGGACUCCUAGGACGGGCACCAGCCCGGGACCCCAGACAGGGUGUUGAUUAGGGCGUGGCUAAGCCCCGGGCGGGAGAAAGCGUUGGGAUUUAUAAGGCCAGGGUCUGGCGCGGUGGCCUCAUUCCGUCUUGAACUAGACCCUGGAGAGGUCUUCCAGGCUUGGGCUCAGCACGCGAGCACCGGGAGCGAGGGUGCCGGCGUCGGAGGCGCGUACGGCCCGAGCAGCCCCCAGCCCCCAGCGCGCACACUUGGGCCCGGGGCGCGAGGCGUGCGCGGCCGCCGGGUGGGCGCUGGGUACCGGGCCUUGGGGGCGGAGCCUGCAGCCUGCCGCCCCCCACACACCCCAGCCGAGGCCCGGAAGGGGCCAGGCGCGCUUCCGUCUCCGCCGGGGAUGCACGGAGGGCGGAGCUGCGGCCCGAGGACGCGACGCGAGUCCAGUUCCGGCGAGGAGGCCGCGCCAGUGACAGCGAUGGCGGCGGAGUCGGCGCUCCAAGUUGUGGAGAAGCUGCAGGCGCGCCUGGCCGCGAACCCGGACCCUAAGAAGCUAUUGAAAUAUUUGAAGAAACUCUCCAUCCUGCCUAUUACAGUAGACAUUCUUGCGGAGACUGGGGUUGGGAAAACAGUAAAUAGCUUGCGAAAACACGAGCAUGUUGGAAGCUUUGCCAGGGACCUAGUGGCCCAGUGGAAGAAGCUGGUUCCUGUGGAACGAAAUGCUGAGCCUGAUGAGCAGGACUUUGAGAAGAGCAAUUCCCGAAAGCGCCCUCGGGAUGCCCUGCAGAAGGAGGAGGAGAUGGAGGGGGACUACCAAGAAACCUGGAAAGCCACGGGGAGCCGAUCCUAUAGCCCUGACCACAGGCAGAAGAAACAUAGGAAACUCACGGAGCUCGAGAGACCUCACAAAGUGUCUCAUGGUCAUGAGAGGAGAGACGAGAGAAAGAGGUGUCACAGAAUGUCACCAACUUACUCUUCAGACCCUGAGUCUUCUGAUUAUGGCCAUGUUCAAUCCCCUCCAUCUUGUACCAGUCCUCAUCAGAUGUAUGUCGACCACUACAGAUCCCUGGAGGAGGACCAGGAGCCCAUUGUUUCACACCAGAAGCCUGGGAAAGGCCACAGCAAUGCCUUUCAGGACAGACUGGGGGCCAGCCAAGAACGACACCUAGGUGAACCCCAUGGGAAAGGGGUUGUGAGUCAAAACAAGGAGCACAAAUCUUCCCACAAGGACAAACGCCCCGUGGAUGCCAAGAGUGAUGAGAAGGCCUCUGUGGUGAGCAGAGAGAAAUCACACAAGGCCCUCUCCAAAGAGGAGAACCGAAGGCCACCCUCAGGGGACAGUGCAAGGGAGAAACCGCCCUCUAGUGGCGUAAAGAAAGAGAAGGACAGAGAGGGCAGCAGCCUGAAGAAGAAGUGUUUGCCUCCCUCAGAGGCAGCUUCAGACAACCACCUGAAAAAGCCAAAGCACAGGGACCCAGAGAGAGCCAAAUUGGACAAAAGCAAGCAAGGUCUGGACAGCUUUGACACAGGAAAAGGAGCAGGAGACCUGUUGCCCAAAGUAAAAGAGAAGGGUUCUAACAACCUAAAGACUCCAGAAGGGAAAAUCAAAACUAAUUCAGACAGAAAGUCACUGGGCUCCCUCCCUAAAGUUGAGGAGACAGAUAUGGAGGAUGAAUUCGAGCAGCCAACCAUGUCUUUCGAAUCCUACCUCAGCUAUGACCAGCCCCGGAAGAAAAAGAAAAAGAUUGUGAAAACUUCAGCCACAGCACUUGGAGAUAAAGGACUUAAAAAAAAUGACUCUAAAAGCACUAGUAAAAACUUGGACUCAGUUCAGAAAUUACCCAAGGUGAACAAAACCAAGUCAGAGAAGCCGGCUGGAGCUGAUUCAGCCAAGCUGAGAAAGGUGCCUGAUGUGUUGCCGGUGUUGCCAGACCUCCCGUUACCCGCGAUACAGGCCAAUUACCGUCCACUGCCUUCCCUUGAGCUGAUAUCCUCCUUCCAGCCAAAGCGAAAAGCGUUCUCUUCACCCCAGGAAGAAGAAGAAGCUGGAUUUACUGGGCGCAGAAUGAAUUCCAAGAUGCAGGUGUAUUCUGGUUCCAAGUGUGCCUAUCUCCCUAAAAUGAUGACCUUGCACCAGCAAUGCAUCCGAGUACUUAAAAACAACAUCGAUUCAAUCUUUGAAGUGGGAGGAGUCCCAUACUCUGUUCUUGAACCUGUUUUGGAGAGGUGUACACCUGAUCAGCUGUAUCGCAUAGAGGAAUGCAAUCAUGUAUUAAUUGAAGAAACAGAUCAAUUAUGGAAAGUUCAUUGUCACCGAGACUUUAAGGAAGAAAGACCUGAAGAGUAUGAGUCGUGGCGAGAGAUGUACCUGCGGCUUCAGGACGCCCGAGAGCAGCGGCUACGAGUACUAACAAAGAAUAUCCAGUUCGCACAUGCCAAUAAGCCCAAAGGCCGACAAGCAAAGAUGGCCUUUGUCAACUCUGUGGCCAAGCCACCUCGUGACGUCCGGAGGAGGCAGGAAAAGUUUGGAACGGGAGGAGCAGCUGUCCCUGAGAAAAUCAAGAUUAAGCCAGCCCCGUACCCCACGGGAAGCAGCCAUGCUUCCGCCAGUAGCAACAGCUUUAACCCCAGCCCUGAGGAGCCAGCCUAUGAUGGCCCAAGCACCAGCAGUGCCCACUUGGCACCAGUGGUCAGCAGCACUGUUUCCUAUGAUCCUAGGAAACCCACUGUGAAGAAAAUUGCCCCAAUGAUGGCCAAGACGAUUAAAGCCUUCAAGAACAGAUUCUCCCGACGAUAAACUGAGGACUUGCCUUGGAAGUGGAAUCUGGGGAGGCAGGAGUACAAGGACAGUGGGGGUUGGGGAAUGGAAUUCUACAGGAGACUGGAGUCUUGCUUUGUGGAUCCUGCAGUCUGCAGGUGCUGCCCCUGGGAACCUGCGUGCCGCAGCCCCGCCUUCCUGCCUGGAGCACACUUCAGAAUUCUGAAGAAGAUGUGAAGCCUCUGUCUCACUGAGGAUUUUAAAGGUCAAUUAUACUUUUGUUGUUCAUUAGCAUCUUUGUAAACUAUAAGACAUAGUUUUAAUUAAUAAAUAUUGCCCCCAGAUUGUAUUUAUAUUA